AGGAGCUGCGGCAACGUGGCUUGCACGAGUGGCUGGCGUCACUGUCUUUCGAUAACCCUGAUUGUCCUGACCUGCAGCUGACCAUGGGUGCAGUAAUUGUGGAAGAAAUUAGGGUGGCUGUAGAAGCAGCCACUGGAUUCAGGUGUUCAGCUGGGAUUUCGCACAACAAGACGCUGGCAAAACUGGCCUGCGGGUUAAACAAGCCCAACCGCCAGACACUAGUAUCUUCACGAUUUGUCCCACAGCUCUUCAGCCAAGUGCCCAUCAGCAAUAUCCGUAACCUGGGAGGCAAGCUUGGCACUGCCAUCACAGAUAUCCUGGGAGUAGAGUACAUCGGGCAGCUGACACAGUUCAGCGAGACAGAGCUCCAGACUCACUUUGGAGACAAAACCGGGUCCUGGCUCUAUGACUUGUGCAGAGGAAUUGAAGAUGAACCUGUCAAAAAUCGGUACCUGCCUCAGUCUAUUGGCUGCAGCAAGAACUUCCCUGGGAGGACAGCCCUGGCCACACAGAAGGAGGUACAACACUGGCUCCUGCAGCUGGCCUUGGAGCUGGAAUCCAGACUGAUCAAGGACAGGAGCCAGAACCACCGAGUGGCCAAGCAGCUGAUGGUGGUCAUCCGCAUGCAGGGAGACACCCGAGUGUCGCGCUUUUGCGCUCUGUCCCGCUACGAUGCCCAGAAGAUGUGCAACGAUGCCUUUGCCCUCAUCCAAAACUGCAACAUGGCUGGGGCUCACCAGGCGGCCUGGUCACCACCACUCAUAUCGGUGCUUCUCUCGGCAAACAAAUUCUCAGAGCCUGCCACACUCCUCUCUGCAGGCAUUGCCACCUUCCUGACGAGCAAUACCCAGUCUGAUGGUACUGCCGCAGCCACUUCUACAAGGCCCAGGGUCAAGUUCUUCAGGAGCCCAAGCAAAGAGCACAGGCAGAAGCCAGCCAACGCUAUUGAAUCCUUCUUCCAAAAGGCGACAGAAAGGCAACAGUCACAAACAGUGACAGCCACCAGCCUGCCUGCUGCUACCACUGCAGCGUCACCUCUGCCCAGCUCCCCAGAGCACCAGGAGAGAGAUGGCAUUGGACUUGCCUCUGUGCAAUGUGACCUGGAGUCCCCUGUGAAGUGGAGUCCCAGAGAUGGGAGUCCCACCUCUCAGUAUGAGAGUCUUCCCUGCAAGAAGUUGCUCUCUGAUGCUACACAAACACCCUCGACUCCACCCAGCUCCAGGACCCUUCUGAAAUUAGAGCCAGCUACGGAGGGAAAUGAACAGAAUUUGCCACCCUCUCCUGAGCUUGCCCUGCUCCCUCCAGCCUCGCCGGGGGAUCAGCAGCGCUGUGAGAAGUGUGACCAGCUCGUGCUGGUGUGGGAGUUCCCAGAGCACAUGGACUACCACUUUGCUCUGGAGCUGCAAAGCUCCUUCUUGGAGCCCAGUGCUCCCACUGCUCCAGCAGCAGCUCCCAGCCCAAAGGCUGCAGCUUCCAAGUCUCCUGCCAAGGCAAAGAACAAGCCCAAGACUCCAGCGGGAUCUAGUGCAAAACGACCCAGAGAAGGCGUGACAAGAACUUUAGAUUUUUUCUUUAAGCGCUUACCUCCUUAA